AUGAAGUCAGCAGGAAACCGCCGUCGUUUAUUUACCUCGUCGGAGACUAUUGCCAACCCUAUUUCUCUUUCUUUAGAUGCGGACUUGGAGUCUAGCCUGCAUCUGCUCUCGAUCCUCGAGGCUUCGACUAUCCCCUCCUCCCCUACGUCGCCUCCCAAGGACAAAACCCCUCCGCGCCAAGAGGCCGAUGCCUCUAUCAAUCAUCAGCUUCACCACGCCCUGUCCCUCCACAGCCAGGUAUCGACCUCCUCCUCCGCUGCCGAGAGGGAGCACAGGGCCCAGGCCAAUGAGGCCCAUUCCUUUCGAAAGAUUGGUGCCGGCGCCUGCGGUGCCAUCUUCGCCCAAGAGGGUAAAUCAGUCGUUGUCAAGCUUGCCAAGGACCCCAACAGCCAGGAGCUAUGGAAUGAUUUCCAGCAACACCGAAAGAUCUCACGCCUUUUCAACAGGGUGUACCAUGUCGAAGAAGUCCGGGUGCCAAAGUUGCUUGGAUUUGUGCCGCCCAAGAACUCGGAGUUUUGGGAUGCGGAACCCGGCCUUACCAAAGCAGCAGAGAACAUCUGCACCGUUCCAACCUACGCCCUCCUUGCCGAAAGAAUUCUCCCCCUCCCCCGCAGCACCCGCCAUCUCCUCAUCGAGAAGUACUGCGCUCCCCGAGGCAAGCAGAAGGCCCUGGCCGAUCCAGCCAACAACGACUGCUUGGUGCGGGUCUACCUCGGCUCGACAAACGGCAAGAGCAGCGGCAUGUUCUUCUCCCUUCGGAACCUCAAACUCCAUCUCAACCAGCUCAUCGAGCUUAAUCUCGACAUCGAGGCACUUGCCUCCAGAAUGGGCAUUGCCCUUGCCGUGAUGCACUGGGGGGCGAAUACUGACGCCCGCGACGUCGAGUUUGUGUUGGGCAGCAGCUCAACCAAGAAAGCCACCCUCGAAGAUGACCUCGAUAACAUCGAGGACGAUGCCGAGGCGCGGUACGUCGGUCCCUCUACCUACCGCGGCCUCGAAGACUUCUUCUGUCGGGAGACAGAGAUGUGGGUCCUGGAUUUCAACCAGGUGAGGAACAUCACCCUCGAUGAUGCCGGGGUUGCUUUGGCCGUGGAAGCGGUCAAACUCAAUGACCCGUACUUCCCCAAGCCGCUCAAGGAAUCCGAGGUGGAGAAGCAUGCCUGGAAGGCGUUCACGGUCAGUUACCUCGAAAAUUCGACAACCAUUCUGGAAGAGGCCCUCAAGAACGAUACGGAGUUGGGCGGCGAGAUCCUGGCGUUGCCUAGGAAGUUUGUACUUGGCCUUAUUGAGUUGGAGAAGGAGCGGAUGACCCGCCGUGAAGGCGCCAAUGCGUGAAUCUGAGGGGUUUUUAGGUGGACCAGAGGCAUUAUGUUCAUUUUCGGAGGCCUGGUUUUUGUUUGCGGAGGCAUGAAGUUAAUUUACAAUGGAAUACAUCUUGAUUGGGA